UGUAAUCAUGAAAUCAGUUUCCACUACGUUUACUACUUUGAUUCUUCUUACCAUCACUUCGUUCUCACGAGCAUCGUCAUCAUCUACUGAAAAUUUUCUUGAAUGUUUGUCCAAACAAUUCAUCAACUACUCAUCCAUUUCCAACGAUGUCUACACUCCAACCAACUCUUCAUACUUAUCUAUCUUGAAAUUUUCUAUCCAAAAUCUGAGAUUCGCAACAAAUUCUACUCCGAAACCGCAAGUGAUCAUCACACCAGAGCACGAAUCCCAAAUCCCGCCGGUCAUAUACUGUGCUAAAAAGAAUGAUUUACAAAUCAGAACUCGAAGCGGCGGCCAUGACUUCGAGGGGCUAUCUUACGUAUCACCAGUCCCGUUCGUGAUCAUUGAUUUGUUCAAACUCAGUGAUACCAGAGUUGAUGUCGCGACAAAAACUGCAUGGGUUGGAGCCGGUGCAACCAUCGGUUCUUUAUAUUACAGGAUCGCCGAGAAAAGCCCGGUUCUAGGGUUUCCCAGUGGGAACUGUGCAACCGUUGGCCUUGGCGGGCAAAUAAGCGGUGGUGGUAUCGGCCUAAUGCCGAGAAAAUACGGGCUCGCCGCAGAUAACGUCGUCGAUGCAAGAAUAGUCGACGUUAACGGCAGAAUCCUGGACAAAAAAUCAAUGGGCGAAGAUCUGUUCUGGGCCAUCCGAGGUGGCGGGGGCGCCAGUUUUGGCGUGAUCACUGCUUGGAAAGUGAAACUGGUGGAUGUUCCAGAAACAGUCACUGUUUUCAAUAUUGACAGAACGCUAGAACAGAACGCGACUCAACUGGUUCACCGCUGGCAGUACAUUGCUCCAGAGGUGAGCAGAGAUUUGCUCAUCGGCCUCGUCGUAACAAGGCAGGGUUCCACAGUUAGGGUUUCAUUCUACUCAUUGUUUCUUGGCGGAAUCGAGAGAUUGCUCGAGAUCAUGAAAGCGAGCUUCCCUGAGUUAGGGUUAGUGAGAGAAGACUGCACCGAAACGAGCUGGAUAAAGGCGGUUUUGUCCAUCGGAGCCGGUUAUCCUAUUGAAACUCCGACACCAGUUCUUCUCCAUAGAACUAAUAUCUACAAAGGAUACUUCAAAGCCAAGUCUGAUUUUGUGCAAGCACCAAUUCCUGAAUCCGGAUUCGAAGGCGUGUGGAGGCUGUUGCUCGAGCCAGAAGGGGCUCAAGCUCGCCUCGAGAUGGUUCCAUACGGAGGAAGAAUGGCGGAGAUUUCUGACUCUGCCAUUCCGUUUCCUCAUAGAGCUGGAAACUUGUAUGAAAUAUUGCAGCUGGCGAACUGGAGAGAAGACGAGAAUCGGGAUUCGGGCAAGUACAUAAGCUGGAUCAGAAGGCUCGAGAGUUACCUGACUCCUUAUGUUUCGAGGAAUCCGAGGGAGGCGUAUAUAAAUGCUAGAGAUCUCGACCUUGGAGUCAACAACGUUCAAGGGAAGACGAGCUACGCGCAAGCCAGCGUUUGGGGGAAGAAAUAUUUCAAGAAAAAUUUCGAUCGUCUUGUUAGGGUUAAAGCACUGGUUGAUCCGAAGAAUUUCUUCAGGAACGAGCAAAGUAUCCCACCGUUUCUCUUACGUUGAGAAUUAAAUGUGUUUGAUUCCGCCAUAGUAUGCCAUAACAUAAUGAAUAAAGUAAAAAUAUGUCCUCUUUUGUACUAUUUGAUGUGUUGCUGCAAUUUGGAUUUGGUAGUGGAAAAAUGAUUUUAAUAGA